GGCCCUGCGCAGUUGGCGGGAAAGCAGCGGCUGCUGCUCUUCUGCGGACGCAGACGGGCGGCGGCGAAUCCCGUCCAGGCAGCGGGCGCCGCCAUGGACGCGGCGGAGGUGGAGUUUCUGGCCGAGAAGGAGCUAGUCACCAUUAUCCCGAACUUCAGUCUGGACAAGAUCUACCUCAUCGGGGGCGACCUGGGGCCCUUCAGCCCCGGUUUACCAGUGGUAGUGCCUCUGUGGUUGGCGAUCAACCUGAAACAAAGGCAGAAGUGCCGGCUGAUUCCUCCCGAGUGGAUGGAUGUGGAAAAGUUGGAGAAGAUUAGGGAUCAUGAACGAAAGGAAGAAACUUUUACCCCCAUGCCCAGCCCUUACUACAUGGAGCUCACCAAACUCCUGUUAAAUCACGCUUCAGACAACAUUCCAAAAGCAGAUGAGAUCCGGACCCUGAUCAAGGACGUGUGGGACACCCGCACGGCCAAGCUCCGGGUGUCCGCAGACAGCUUCGUGAGGCAGAGGGAGGCGCACGCCGAGCUGGGCAACCUGACCUUGAUGGAGAUCAACACCAGCGGGGCCUUCCUCACCCAGGCGCUCAACCAGAUGUACAAGCUCCGCACAAACCUGCAGCCUCCCGAAAGCGUCCCAUCUCAGGACAUGUAGAGGGAGGCCGUGGGCUUGUCAAGAAGGCCUCGAGUCUGCCGGCGGGAGGCCUGCUGGGUUGGGGGAGUGCUGAGGACGUGGUAGAGGUACUCGUUAUUUCUGGGUUUCUGGAACUGUUGUUCAAUGUGUGAAAAAACAUGUAGUGAAGGGAUGGACUCAUGACAUAGCUAGAAAGCAGCAGGUUUGUGCUUAGUCCUGAGAACUUUGUGUAAUUCCAUGUCUGACCCUGGGAGCCAGCCUUUCUUGGGGAGGAAGCGCCGUGGCGGAGCAAGGUGUUUUCCCCAGCAGAGUCUCAGGGCUCUGCACAGAACUGCCACACUGGGCAGCUUCAGUGACGUGGGGUGGUGCUUUUGAAGACACCCUGUGAGUGGCAAUGCAGCCUACAGCCCUGACCCUCAUCUCAGGCUUAGAAUCUAUGGAGGGGGUCGCUUACAUGGGAUGGCAAGUGACGCUCACUGGUGUUGACAGUCCAAGCCCUGAAACACAAUAAAGAGGAAGGAACCCAGAUUUCCACUGGGCUCCUUACCUGCAGACCUACCAAGUAAAGGGAGCAGCCAUGUGGCUAAAGCGAUCUGACAGCAAACUGAGGCGUGUAGCGACUUCAGACCAACACUCUGGGCACUGUGUUGUCUUGGCUGCUUCUGGUUAAGGCUUAAAGGGUUACUGACCAAGCGGAAAGCCAGGAAAGGCUAAUCCCAUGUUCUGGAGCACAAGUGAAGGUGAGCACGUGAUGCUGGGAGGGACGGUCGAACCUAUCGCCGGGCUCUCAGUGGACUGAGGGGGGAGGCUCAAGAGAGCAGUAAUUGAGAGGGGGAACCCCUUUCCCCUUCCUAGGAUGCAUUUUCCAUUGUAGCAUUUCGGUGCUAAGUUUCUCAGAAAGUACAUGACCUUGAGAGGGAAAAUGUCUAUAGAGUCACGCAGUGAAGAGGUUCUGUAACCAGCUGCUUUUUGGCCGUGGCACCAUGGGUCACAAGCAGUAUUGUGGUCUUGCAAGGUCACCCAUGUCUGGACUAUCUUCUGAUGUUUGCCCUUCAGUGUUUAAAGUCCAAACCUAAUAUUACUUGAGCACUGUUCCCAUUCCAAAUCGCUACCCAGAGUCCCUUCCACAGGCAUCUGGAGGUGGUUAACACGGAAGGGCCAGCCACGGACGGUUAAGAUGCAGCCCUGGUGUCCUUCACGUACGGUGACUGCUUACGGGGGCUGCUUUCAGUGGCAGGACUUAACCUUUCCACCUCUCAGAAUCCUCAGGUUUAAUCUGGGGAAGCUUCCAGAGUGAGACCACAUGUUAACUGUGGAGGGUCAGGAGUCCCGCUAUCUUAGAUCUUGCCCCUUAAUACCUUUUUAAAGCCUGGCUGAGAUACAGCUGACUCUCUUCACAUUUUAUCUGUAGAGCUGUGUAUUUUUUUUUUUUUUUGGCUAUAUCACAACAUAAAGAUUUUUCUCUUCACGUGAUUUAGGAAGAUUUUUAUUUUUUUGGAUGUUGUCAGAAAUUACAGCAAUAUAUUCAUAAAUACCUAAUUACUACAUUCAACAAAUAAUAUUACAAUACAAUUAAUUCAAACAAGUACACUUAGAACAGGUUUAAUUUCACAGCAUCUAAACUGCCCCCAGAGUGACCGAGGCACGUUCCUCCCCGUGGACGGGUUUACUGUUCAAGCAGUUAACACAGGGUACAAAGUAACACGACUAAUCAGCGUGGUCUUCCUCAGGUCAAAGCAGAGUUAUCUUUAGAGUUUAAGCGCUGGAUCAAACAGUUGGGGACAGGCUACUGCAAGUACUUAAGUCAGCCUGUCACUGCACAGAGAACAAGGAUUGCGGCUAAGGGGUUAACACAUCUAAGAGUAACAGGCCCGGGCUGGUGCUGACCGUCUCCAUCUCGUGGUGGAUCCUCAGAACUGUCUACACUUUAAAACGUGGCUCUUGGGAGGGCGGGGGGUAUCUGAACUUCUGAGAUUUGGCAGCAUUGUGAGCUACUCCAGGAAAAAACUUUCCAGGUGCACACUCAAGAUUUCCUGUGUUCACAUUCCCCGCUGGUGAAGGUAUGGGCUCCUUUUAACAUUCUUUUGAGUUUCCUUAAGGGCAUCUAUUAGAAUGUUACUGCCAAUUAUUUUAGUUCCUUUCUUUAGACUCUAUUAACUGUUGAAAAUCCUAUCUUGGUUGCUUAUCUGAGAGAACAGAUUAAGACCAGGAUACAUGUCAGUUCUGCUCUGUUAUGUCCAAUCAAGAGAAACAACCCAUUUUCAAAUGAUCAGGUUGUGUAGCGUCGAGUUUUAGGGAAAGCUCUGGUUUGUCAUGAUCUGAGUACAUGUGGAAGGAACCACGUGAUUCGGCACUGGAAGGUCUCCCUCCUAAGUUUAAUGAACCUCCUCCCACCCCAGAGGACAGAUGGCAGCCGCCUCUUCCCUGUGCCAUGUAUGCUAGUUAGACACAAGGCUGUGAAGGACUGAGGUCUUCAUGAAAAUACUGACAGGAAGAUUGCAUCAAUUCUAGAGAAAAUUUGGUAUAUUUCCGAACUUUGUGUUUUAAACGCAAUGUGAAAUAGCUGAACAAAUUGCGUAUGUUAAUUUUUGUUAAGCCCGACUGAAGAGUUAGAUGCUACUGUGUUCUUCCAGAAUCUAAUGAAGGUAUUUUCAGAUUAUAAAACCAACUGUUGGAUGGAAAAAC